AUGGCUGCUCGAGCCAGUUCCUCACUCAACCUUCCCAAGUCUUCUGGCAGAUGCACAUACAGCAUUGCAGCAAAGGCUGGGACAGAGUUCAUAGAAGCCUUGCCCGAUACAGGGGCCCAGUUCAACAUUAUCUCAGCCCACUUGGCUCAAAAAUUGCGUCUUGAGCCCAAACCUCAUACAGAACGACUAAUCCAGUUGCCAACCGGGGGAUCACCGCUGCUGUUCGUCAAGGUGGCAAACGGCUCGGCCUGCGCCUUGUUGGGAAUGAGAGGCGGUGCCUGCAUGGUCUCAUUGAUGAACAGCCUGUCGGCCCUUCCUGAUACAGGAUCAGACGUCAUGGUUAUGUCCAAAGCAUAUGCUAUUUCCCGCGGCUUCAACAUCGACAGGAAUCUUCAGAAAUUUCUUGAUCUUGAGCUUGCUGAUGGUUCUGAAGCCUUCACAUGUGGCCUAGUCCGCGGGGUAGACUGGACAUUUGCUGCAUCACGACAAAGCGUGAAAUGCGACUUCUACGUUCUUGAAGACUUGUGUACGAAUGUUGUGCUUACCAACGACUUCUUGUUUGGAUUAGACGUUUUUUCCACGGAAUCAGAGUUCCUGUCCAAGCUUUCUUAUAGCGAAGACUAUUCAGAGCUAUUGCUCAUAAGCCUCAAGGGGAAUUGUCCAGCUGAGUUGCCGCCGCAUGAAGAUCUGGCCAACAUCGAUCGUGAGUUCAAGUAG